AUGCGAGCCCUUUUUGUGGCCGAAAAAAAUGACGUGGCAAAAGGAGUUGCGGCUAUUUUAUCGAAUGGUUGGUUGAAGAGCUCAAUUUUCUUGUAACUCUAAAUUUUGUAUUUAUAGGAACUGCUGUGAGAAAAGAGGGAAGAUCAAAGUUCAAUAAAAUUUAUCAGUUGCAGACGGAUAUUUUGGGACAGGUUUGUUUUUUGAGGGGGGGGAAGAAAAUCUUGAUAUAAUCCGAAAAAGUUGAAAAAUAUAGUUUCACAUGGAAAGUUUAGAUCCUGAUUACGGUCACGUCGUCAAAAAUCGCAGACUUCCCAUUUUAAUAUUAGCUAUGACGUGGCACAGUUGGAAAAUUUCAAAAAUUGGGACUUCACGAGGCUAUAAAAUUGUUCGGGAGGGUAGAUUACAUAGGUAGUUCAGAUUUUAAGAAAAUUCAUUUCCGAAGUUUUAAAUUCCCGAUUGUUCAAAAUUUUGCCACGUCAUAAUUCAUAUUAGAAGUUGAGUUUUGGAAUUUUUAACAACCGGAUCGUAAGGUCUGAAUUGUUUUGGAAAGUUUUCCAAAAUUCUGAAAUUUUUCAAAAUUUUAACCUCAUAAGAUUUUUAACCGUAGUUUUCCACGUGAUAAAUAGUUUCUAGAAGUCUUCCAAAAUUCACCAAAUUUUUUUUGCAAUUUUCAGCGAGCGCAAGUUUCAGUAACCAGUGUUUCUGGACAUUUAAUGAAUUGGCAAUUUUAUGAAAAUAUGGCGAAUUGGCAAGAAGUUCCAAUGGUUCAAUUAUUCGAUGCUCCAGUCAGACAUAUCGUAACUCCCGAAAUGAAAUUGAUUGAAAAAACAUUGAGGUAAAUGGUUUUUGCAAUUAGACUAAUUAAAAUUAAUUUAUUGAAGAGAGGAAGCACCGAAAAAUGAUGUUUUGGUAAUUUGGACAGAUUGUGAUAGAGAAGGUGAAGCGAUUGGAGCUGAAAUUGUGAAAGUUUGUCGAGAUAGCAAUCGAAGAUUAGAUGUUUAUCGAGCAAGGUGAUAAAUACUUCAUAAUGUGUUUUUUUACCAUAAUUAAUUAAGUUUAUAGGUUCUCUGAAAUCACAAAAGCUGCAAUUAGUCGAGCUGCUCGAAGUCUUAUUCGAUUAGAUGAUAAAACAAUUGCAGCUGUUGAUUGUAGAAGUGAAUUAGAUCUACGAAUUGGUUCUGCAUUUACCAGAUUACAAACUAUUCAUUUGAGAUCAAGUUUUCGAAAUGUUCUUGGUCAAAAUGGUAAAAAUUUUCUACGAAAAAAAUCUCACAAUAAUUUUUUUCAGACAAUAAUAAAGUUAUCAGUUAUGGAAGUUGUCAAUUUCCAACUCUUGGAUUUGUGACAGAUCGAUAUAAAUUGAUUCAGAAUUUCAUACCGGAACCAUUUUGGAAACUAAUGGUAAUGCAUAUGAGAGAAGCGAUUAAAGUCGACUUUUUAUGGGAUAGGAAUCGAUUAUUUGAUAGAGAUGUUAUUGAUGUAAGGAUUAUCAAAAGAUCUAGGCAAAAAUGUAUUUUUUAAAGGUACUUUAUGAUGGUUGUCAAGAAGUGAAAGAAGCUGUAAUUGAAAAAGUGAUUCGAAAACCAAAAUCAAAAUGGAGACCACAAGGUUUGGAUACGGUAGAAUUGGAAAAAUUGGGAAUUUCGAAAUUGAAGCUGUCGGCAAAACAAACUAUGCAAAUUGCCGAGAAAUUGUAUAGCAAAGGAUUUAUUUCGUAUCCAAGGUUUGGUUUUUAAAAAGAUUUGAAAAAAUAGUUUUGAAAAAAAAAGGUUUGGAAAGUUGGUGAACGUGAGCGUGUUCUAGGAAAUUUUGUUUUUUUUUAAUUUUAUGAAAAAAACGAUUCAUUUCUGAAUAUUCUAGUGAUUUUUGUAUCAUAGAGAAAAGUUAUGUGCUUGGAAAUUUGGAAAUUUUUGGAUGUGGCAAGUUAUUUUAGUCAAAAUUGAUGAUUUUCUAAGGCGGUUUCAGUCAAUUUUUUUAAAGAAUUAAAAUUUAACAGAUUUGAUUCAAAUUCAAAAUCUAAAUAUUUUUCAGAACUGAAACAAAUAAAUUUCCAAAUGGAUUAGAUCUUCGACCACUUGUCACAAUGCAAACCGCUUCAACUAUUUGGGGAGAUUUUGCUAAUCAGGUACUUUUUCCUCAUUCCUCAUUCCCCAUCAUAUUUUUCCCCAGGUACUUGAAAAAGGUGUGAAUCCACGAAAUGGCAAAAAAUCCGACGAAGCCCAUCCCCCAAUUCAUCCGCUGAUUUUUGCCGACAAAAAUCAAUUGGAAGGAAAUGAUUGGCGAGUUUAUGAACUGGUUGUCAGACAUUUUUUGGCUUGUGUUUCACAGGAUGCGCAAGGAGAGGAAACUAUUGUUCAUGUAAGUUUUCAAGAGGCUUUUUAAGGUAUAUAGUCAACAAAUUUAGAUGAGAAUUGGAACUGAGAAAUUUCAUGCGAAUGGAUUGAGAAUUCGAGAUAUGGGUUGGUUUUUUCCUGAAUUUUAUUCUGGAAAAUAAAAUUAAAUAUUUUUCUAGGAUAUUUGAAAGUGUAUGUGUAUGAAAAAUGGGGAAAUAAACAAUUGCCAGCUUAUGAGGAAAAUGAGAAAAUCACUGAUUUCACAUUGAGAAUUGGUGAUGGAAGAACACAAGCACCCGAAUUAUUGACUGAAGCUGAUUUGAUUGCAUUGAUGGAUAAAUAUGGAAUUGGAACUGAUGCGACACAUGCGGAACAUAUUGAGAAAAUUAAGGUUGGUGGAUUAUUAAGGGGGGGGGGUUGGAAAUUUGCUCGAAAAAAUUCUAGAACCUGAAUUUUAAAUUGACAAGGUUCAGAUAUCUGAUACAGAAAAAAUUCACUCUGAAAAUUGGCAAGCGGGAGGACUACGAUCUUUGCCGAGAUGUUCUACCUAGUUCUUCUGAUCUCUUUUACCCCAAAUCUCAAAAUUUUCAGACACGCGAAUAUAUUGGAGUAAAAAACGAUGGAAAGUUGAUGCCCUCGUUCCUUGGCCUCGCUUUAGUUGACGGAUACGAUGAUAUGGGAUUUGCGAUGAGUAAACCGGAUCUUCGAGCAAAUCUCGAAGUUGGACUCAAAGAUAUUUGCGAUGGAAAACGACAGAAAAUGGAUGUUCUUAAUGAACAGGUAAUUUUGAUUUGUUCAGCUAACAAAAAAGAGGAGAAAUUUCAGAUCAAUAAAUAUAAGCAAAUUUUCAUCGAAUCUGAAAGGAAGGUGAAUGUUUUGGCACAAUCUUUACAGCGUUAUUUGGAUGAUCGAGAUAAUGGAGAAGCGGGAGGAUCAGGAGGAGAUGGAGGGGGACCGCCACGUGGUGGGGGACCUCCACGUGGAGGUGGUGGAGGAAGAGGCGGUGGAAACACAAAUACACGUGGAAAGAGAAAAUCAAUAAAUACAUCGAAUAUUGUUGAAGAUGUAGAUGAAGGUGAAAUGGUAACAUUGAGUGAAGAAUUUGGAAGUUUAACAAAUGGAAGAAGAUCGAGAGGAGCUCCGAAAACUAGAGGAACACGAAAAAGUUCGAAUAUCCCACCACCAACAUCAACCACAGAAGAAGUAUUAUGUUCGUGUCGAGAACCAUUGCCAGCUGUCAUGAAGACUGUGCAAAAAGAGGGACCAAAUAAGGGAAAGAAAUUCUACACAUGUUCGUUGCCUUUUUCGAGUUCAGAUAAGUGUAACUUUUUUAAAUGGGUUGAAUAA